AUGGAAGGGUGGCGACCAAAUAUGAUAUUGGUGCGCCGCAUGCGACAACACGCGCUGAUUCGAUCAUCAGCGCUUGACAUUUUUGGUAACACGCGUAUAACGGCGCGUUGUGACGUUGGCAACCGGGACCACGUGUCUCAAGACGAUGAAAAUUAUUCAAUCGGUAUUCGGAUUUCCGAAAUGACUGUCGAUCAAGUUAAAGGUUGUGGAGAAGCUUCAUGUGAUUCUUUGUUCACGGCACCUAUACCAGGUUAUUUGUUGGGGGUCCUAUCUGCUUGUCUGUCAGCAUCAGCUGGUGUAUAUACAGAGUAUCUGAUGAAGAAGAACAAUGACAGCUUGUACUGGCAGAAUGUACAGUUAUAUACGUUUGGUUCAGUCUUCAAUAUGGCAAGACUUCUCCUGGAUGAUUUUCGAGGUGGAUUUGAGAAGGGACCUUGGUGGCAGCGUCUAUUCGAUGGAUAUAGCAUUACAACUUGGAUGGUUGUUUUAAAUCUUGGAUCCACUGGCUUGUUGGUAUCGUGGUUGAUGAAGUAUGCUGAUAACAUUGUGAAGGUCUAUUCCACAUCAAUGGCAAUGUUGCUGACUAUGGUAUUAUCUGUAUCUCUUUUCAAUUUCAAGCCUACAUUACAGCUUUUUUUGGGUAUUAUAAUCUGUAUGAUGUCACUACACAUGUAUUUUGCCCCUCCAAGUACGCUUGUGGACUUGCCUUCAACUGUAAAAGCUACUCCAGAAAAUUUGAAAGAAGUCAUUGUGGAGCGAAAAAUAGAUUCCUGAUGUCUUGCUAGUCAGAUUGUCAACUGACGACUGGACUGGCAUUGAAGAUUAUGGAAAGAAGUAGUCUGUGAUUGGAACAAGAAUGGUUCCUUGACCUCUGGAUGCAUCUCUAAAAGCAGCAUUUCCAAUCGAAGACAAUAGUUUUGACUCAACUGAAGGUGUAAACAAAAUGUCAACCUGAUUUUUCGGAGGAACAAGUAAUAUUCUUUGUUACUGAGAGUUUUCAUUUGCAAACUUCUUUUGUGAGACAAGAGCAGCAAAUACUUCCUCUGUCAUGUACUAGUGGAUGUUCAGUCUUCCACUCUUACCCGGUGGUCACAGCUCUGUAAUGAACUGACAAUCUGCUCCGGUCUGCACAUUUUGUUGUAUAAAUAUUGUCCUUGAAGCAUAACUUCAGACAAUGUGGUAUAGCGAUGAUUAUGAGAAUUUUCUUAUUAAACCUGAUUAAUGCUGGAUUCUUUCUGGUAAA